UGUCACUGACUGCUCAGUCAAACUCGGACGCAGUAAAUGGCAGCAUGGUGAAAGAAGAACAAUCUUUAAAAAUCAAAACUAACGAAUUCUUGAACUGAAUGGUUAUUUUCAAAGUUUUUAAAGAGACUCUUGGGCGUGUUUGAGUGCUUGGUAGUUUGGCCGGUCGAUGUGUAAAGUGGGUUUCAGUGAAGUUUCUGUAUUUCUGUGGACUACCGUUCGGCUUAUUAUUGGGAAACACACGAUCUGCAACGACCGGCUUCAGAUGACCGAAACUGGCCAUGCGUAAUCUGAAGAGUUCUGUUUGCUGCAGUACUCUACGGGGAUGACACGGGAUCUCAGCCAAGGCUCAUGAUGUCGCAGUCGGCGCUGGGGCUCGGCGGCGAGCGGCGUUACUCCGUGCCCUCCAACCCGCUCGUCCACGACCCACGCGGCAUGCACUCCGAGGACCUGCACGCGUGGUCCAUCUACAGGCAAAAUCUGAACUCUGAUUUUACGGACAGCGCGCUGGGAAGCACCGACAAGAGCCCUUUGCCUUAUGGUAACUUCCAGCUGAGAGAUACCACUGUCCAGUCCAUCCUAUCGCAUCCCAGAUAUGGACCCAAAUCAGCGCUUGGUUCGAACAUGUACACGUAUCUCAAAUUCGGGCUGCCACGAGUGUUUCCGCCGAACCACAACGGCUCACAGCGCUCUGGGACCCCGAAACCCAAGACCUCGAUUGGCAGUGGAAUGAAACCGGUACCCAGGAUCCAAAGGCAAAGCAGAGGAAUACGCGAGACAUCAUCAGGCUACGACAGUUCCGACAAUGAAACCUCUACAAACUACAAAUAUAGCCGCAAAUACCGUUCGGAUCCUGAUUUUAGAAUGCAACACUUACACACAUCCUACCAACCUCAGGGCGGCCCCGGCGUACCACUAGUAGCCAUGCAGCAGGCAGGCCUCAGAAAUGAGCCCCAUUGGACCAACUCCAGGCAUAAGUCCGUGAGCGAAGCCAACCUUCUGGGCAUAGAGGCCCGACCACACCGCCCCUCUUACAGCCACCGGAGGAACAGUGUAGCUGACUUCGUGCCUGACAAUGACCAUCAGAGUUACCUGAUGGCGGCAUCCCACCUUGGAGGUCGAAUGUCGAAAGCCGGCAGUCAUAUGUCUUUGGCCCAGUCCAGGAAACAGUCCACCCUACGGCCCGGGGACCACUUAGAUGGAUACACGCAUUCCGCUUACAUUUACCCUAACUAUUAUGUUAAUAGUUUAGAAAUAACUGCGCCGGAAAACAAAUCUGCGCUGCUGGUGUCGGGGCUCAGCUUCGAGGUGAAGUCCGGCGAGAUCCUCGCGGUGUUGGCCACGUCGCAGCACGAGGCCACGGGCCUGUUGGAUGUCUUGGCUGGCGUUAGAAAGAAAUUAACAGGCGAUAUAGUCCUCAACGGCCAGCCUGUGGCGUCAUCAACGCUGCGUAAAGUAGCAGCCUACGUGCGAAAAGACACGUCUCUCUGUCCCUCCAUGACGGUGGAACACACACUGCGAUUUCACGCGGCGCUGCGGCGGCCGAGGAACAACCAGCACCAGGUCAAGAUGGAUGAUAGAGAUCGGAUAAAUUGGCUAAUAGAAGAGCUAGGUCUCGACCAAGUCCGAGACACUAACGUGGCCCGUCUAACAAGAUCCGAGAUCAGGAGGCUCAACGUCGCCUGCCAGUUAUUGCUCGACACGGCCAUUCUGAUCCUGGACCAGCCCACGAAGGAGAUGGACAUAUUCGACACAUUCUUCCUGGUGGAGUAUUUGAGGAACUGGGCGAGUGGCGGGCGCGUUGUGAUCAUGUCGUUACACCCGCCGACUUAUGAGAUCUUUGCUAUGCUUACAAAGGUGGUACUAAUAUCCGCCGGUAGAACGAUGUUCAGCGGGUACAGAAGAGACAUGUUGCCAUAUUUCGCUUCUAUCGACUAUCCUUGUCCCGCCUUCAAAAAUCCUUCUGAUUAUUAUUUGGACCUGGUGACCCUAGAUGACCUGUCGGCGGCCGCCAUGCUGGAGUCGUCGGGCCGCAUCGAGGCGCUGGCGGGGCUGUUCGCGGCCGCGCAGGCGCCGCCCGAGCCGCCGCCGCCCGUGCCGCUGCCCGCGCCCGUCGCGCGCCCCAACCGGGCUGUACAAGCCUUCGCUCUUAUAGAAAAAAGUUUGGUAUUUACUCAAAUGACGACGCUGUCCAACGUGGUGACGCGGGUGCUCAUCGCGGCCAUCAUGUCGCUCAUCACUGGAACCAUCUUCUGGGAUCUACCCACCACUGACGCGAAGUUAACGCAAAACGAUCGAAUCGGAUACCACUACUCUGUGAUGUGCCUAAGUCUGUGUCCAUUGCUAAUGUGGCUCACCGCACGGGAAGCUAGCUCUAUGAGAAGACACGUAGAAAGAGAUGUUGCUGUGCCGUUGUACUCACGCACCGUAUUUAUACUUUAUGAUCAAUUCCUGGAGCUAUGGUCGGCUGUGCUAACAUGGUUCGCGUACCUCGUGCCAAGCUACGCCAUGAGCGGCCUCUACGCCCAGUCUCCGGGGUCAUUAGAUGGAUUCUAUAUUUAUUUAGGUUACACCGCGCUCUAUCUAAUAGCAACCCAGAUGAUGUUCCGAGCCUUCAUCUUUCUCGUACCGAUGGAGAAGACGGCCACUAUCCUGGCAGGCUUCUGCUUCCUGCUUAGCACCCUGGCCAACGGGGUGAUGCUGCACAAGCAGGACUUGCCGCAGUACUGGCGGUGGGUGGAGUAUGUUUCACCCUCGAGGUGGACGCUACCAGAGAUCCUGAUGAAGGAAUUGAGCGAAACUGCCUUGAGGACGAGUAUUAGUAAGGAGAUGAGGUGUAUUAAUAAACAGAGACCAUACAACGACAUCAUAGUACAAUCCCAAUGCCCACCGCCAAACGGCACCCAAGUCCUCUCCAACUUCGAGUACCUCCGCGCCGACAACAUCUGGGAGUGGUCAGAAGAAAGCUUCCUAAUAGCUCUGGCCAUAUUUUAUGCGGUUUUCGCUGUGAUCGCCCUUUUCGCUUUUGUGUGCGACUGUACCAAGUACGUUAGGAGAAAGGAACGAAACAGCUUGAAAGGACACAAGGUUACUGUUAAUACUCCGUGAUAAUAAUACUGUGACUCUUAUGAAAAGUUUGUUUUCGACUUACAGUCGAAUUGAUAAUUAUUAUUCACUAAAACCGGAGUUAAUCGUGCAAUUACUACCGACGUUUCGACGACGACAUUGCGCCCAUGAUCCUGUAGAAAAACUGGAUAAGACAGAUUUUUAGUUUAUUUAAUACGCAAUUAAGUCCCGUUUUAGUGAUGAAUAUAAAGUAAAAAAAUAGUAAAAGUUCUAAUCAAUGAAUCGUAUUAUAACUGAUCAACACAGGUUGUAAUUGUACAAGAAUGUGAUUAUAAACCUGUGUCAGUAAUCAAGAUAUCUAAAUCAACUAAUUGUCUACAUAACUAUUAGAUUUUAUAAAAUUUUGCAUGUUUAGAACAGGUUUGGUGAUCUAGUAUCAGAUUGUAUUGGAAGAUGAAUUUUAUUUUCCGUAUAAUUUGAUGCGGAAAUUUUGUAGUUGACGAUUUAAAUAUGGGAUACAUACUUUGUUAUUCGAGUAAAAAAUUGAGAAUUGUACCACUCUUAUAGGGUGUGGGUAUUGUACCACUGUAUCUACCAUUGUACAUGUACCAUUGUACCAUUGUAUCUUAUGAGGUGUCUUUUAUACCUUUUAAAUCGGAUACGAUACGGGCAAGUUGAUUCAAUUUCUUAUGUCAUUUUCUGUAAAAGCUGGACUAAAAUUUCGAUCUUAAAAGCUGAACUGGAACUUAGAUAAUUUAGGAUCUGUUCAAUGUUGUAUCGCUAGGAAUUAAGUAAAUAAAUGAAUGUACAAAGAAAUUAUAACUAAAGUAGUAUAUGUUAAAAUGUGCAUAUUCUCAAAUGAUUUUUACGCCCAAGACGGUAAUCUGUUAAACAAAAGCCAUUGUUCCUUUUAUGUGAGCGGUCGGCCAUUGUGUUCCAUUGAGUCUGAGCGCGUGCUACGGCGCGUGCCAUUGUCAGACACAAUGGCACACCAAUGGCCGCCCGCUCCCACAAAAGGAACAAUGGCUUUUGUUUAACAGAUUACCGUCUUAAGCGUAAAAAUCAUUUGAGAAGAUGCAGACUAUAUAGACUUUUAAUAACUAAAUGCGAAAGGCUGACUGUAUACCGUCUUCCGGCCUAGAAUGCAUGAAUAUUGUAUAAUAAAAUGUGCCGAAUGCAUGUAUUAGGUUAAUUAGGCACAUAUCACAAGUUUAUCUUUUCGUUCUUCACAUGUUUUGUCAAAAACGUGAUGUCUAUGAAUCUAUACUAUUAUCAACUAUUAUCGAUAGAGUAAAUAAAAAGAACAGAGCGACAAUGUCAAAACAACGCAAAUUCGUUUUCUUUUUACGUGUAUGAACGGCGUUUUUUUGCGUAUUCUCGCAACAAGGUUGGAUAUUGUUGUUGGAAGCUGUGACUCUGUUCCAUUUCUUUACUCUUGAACUAUCUAGCUUUCCCUUUUCUACUUUCGUAGAAAAGUCCUUCAAGCACUUAUACAUAUAUGACUGUGAAUGUGCAUGUGCUCAAUGAAAUAGUACCUAUAUGAAAUAAUAAAUGAAAAUUGGCAUUUCCGCAAAUCUCUUCUUAAAGGCUCAGGUAACCGGUGCGCGACCUCACAAUGAGAAUUACGUUAUAUUGCCGAAAACCGAGUUACCUACAACUAAUUCAAUUGACCGAUCUAAUAUUGCAAUAUAACAUAACUCGCUCGCACCGUCUAGAUGGGCCUUAACCUUUUGGACGCCAAUGACCGAUAUAUACCACCGUAGGUUUAACGCUAAAGACCGAUUAAUCGGUCAUAGACCACAGAGCAACAUAGACCUACGUGUCACGUGGCGUCUGGAUGACUGCUUUUGUGUUUGACACGGCAUGGAAAAGGUUAAAUCUUAAUGAAUCAUCAUAUACUCUUGUACGGCAAAGAACAGUAUUACGACAUUUUAAGGUGUUUAUUACCCUACUGCCAAAUGUUGACUAGUACUUCCAAUUUUCAUUCUUCUUCUUUAUUUGAUAGGUAUAUUUUAUUAAAUUUUAAGUAGUUUAAAGGAAUAAAAGUGGAGCCAUAUCAAUUAGAUAAUUAUUUAAUAAUUGUUAAGUUACCUUACUCUCAGCAUAAUAAAAAUAAAUUUAAAUUAUGUG